AUGUACGUUUUCCAGCAAUCGGAAAGGCCCAAACCGCUGCUCGGUGCUUACUCACAGGAGCCGAAGUUCAUCAAAAGCCCAUGGUCUACGCCGUGUCUGGUGAUCAAUGACUUCCUGUACAACUGUCACAGUACUAGAGGUAACAAGGUGUAUUGGCGGUGCCACAACUACUCUCGGAAGAAGAAGGAAGAACGAUGCAGGGCUAGAUGCGUGAUUGUGAAUGGCAGGCUGAGCGCUCUCACAGGAACGCAGCACAACCACGAUCCACACACGGAGAAAAUAGCCAAGAUUAGUCGACGUAACAAUAUGGUUGAUGAAGUACUAGAUGCAGCCAGGGCGGAUCCACCGCCGAGCUAUCUCACUAGUGGGCUCUACAGUUCAAGCUUUUUGUCCGGAGGUUCUACUUUGCUGGACAGCGGCUCCCCGGAUAUCGGUUUGAUAAAGAUCGACGUAUUGCCUAAAUUAGAAGACUACGGCUUGCCAGUUGAACUGUAAACAUGUAUUUUUAAGCUGAAUUUUUACCUCUGAAUCGCAAUAAUAAAACUAUCAAUGUUCGUGAAGCAAUACAAAUCAACGUGUUUUCGCUGAUUUUAAAAUUUUCCAUCGUUUGAUUCUAGUACUGAUAAAUCCAUUAUUUCUUUGUACAGUAAUAGAUUUCACCCCUUACGAUGCCGCCGAGUGCCGGACGUUCAUCAGAAGCCAGCGUGGGGCUCCCCUGUUGGCCCUUGACAAUUUUAUCUACCGGUGCGAACGGGUUCGAAAAACGCGCUCCUAUUGGUUGUGCAUCCGUUACAAGAGCUCCAAGUGCAAUGGUCGCGUGAUCUGCCAGGGCAACAAGAUUCUCAAGGUCACACAUCACUGCCACGCGAACGACGAGCAGCGCAUCAACUCGUCGAUUCUAGAGGAAACGGAUUUGUCCAGCAUCAAUUUAGAGGCGUGGUACAAGCAGACCAUGAUGCACAAGAAGCAUGAGUCGAAGCGAAAAUAAAACUUAUACAUUCUAAUACUUCAAUACCUACAUCGCUGAUUAUGAUUGAUAUGUCUCAAACCCAUGCUUUCUAUUCUAUUACUUCGCUUAUGAAACUAAUGAAAACUUUUCUCGUUGUAGCUUACAUAACGACUACUACCACCACAUCUAGUACUACACUAGUCGAAAGCCAGAGUGGAGUGCAGAGUGUCUACUAUCGGAACGAUUUGCGGGACCAGUUGUAUCCGGAAGCCGUGCAAUACAUCCGAAGCCGCCGUGGGCACCCGCUGCUAGUGUUCCGAGGGUACAAAUUUCGCCGGAAUGGCGGCUGCAAGGAGAAGGGCUACUGGCGCUGUGCUUCUUUUUGCAAGUGCCCUGGAAGAGUUACUACCGUCGAUGGGACCAUCGUUAAGUACCACGUACACAAUCAUGAACCGCCUUUCAAAGAAUCCGCCGAGUUGUUCUAGGAUUGGUGGAGGCACAAUUUCGAUUAAAUGUAUCAUAAUGAAUGAUUAUGAUGAACCACAGAAUAAAUCUCCUUCAGAAUAUUUUAAAGACCAUGAUAAUUUUGAUAUUAGAGCAGAAGAUAGAAUCAGUUGAGUAAAUUGCGUCUUCUGUUCCUAUUUAUAGAAUGGGAUCAUCAAGGUUUCCGGGCGCUGGAGAAACAGGUGUUCCUUGCCCACGACAUUGCCAACAGUUGGAUGGCCAGCGAGCAAAUCAGUUACUGCCAGAGCCAACGUGGAAGGCCUUUGCUUAUAUUUCUGGGCUACCGGUUCCGUCGAGAGAUGGUGAAGCAAUACAAAACCUACUGGAGAUGUCUGGUGGACAAAUGUCCCGGGCGGAUGAUAACAAUGCUUCCAGGGGAUACGGUAAUGCGUUAUCGGAUACAUAAUCAUCCGUCCAGUUUCUAGAAAACGAUCAAAUAAAUUCUGCUUAUUCAAAAUUAUACAAAUGUUGAUGUUUCAUUACAAUUUUGAGUGUGGUACUAGAAUACGAACACAAUCAACUUAUAUGAUCUCUUUUGAUUUUCUUCAAGCUGCUGGAUUGGAUUUCAUUUUCAGUCAACGAGGACAUCCUCUGCUGGUUGUUGAUAACUUCCUAUAUAGAAAAAAUCGAGGGCAUUACUGGCGCUGUAUUCGAUGUACCAAGUUCAAGUGUCGCAGUCGACUGAUUGUGAAGCCUGGUCAGAAACCUGCUCGUAUUGAAGAUCACUCGCAUGGGCCGGAAACGGAGAAGAUUAGUUGGGGCCAGACGGUGAUGGAGAACGUGAAAUCUCAUGAGCAGGGGGAUAUCGUUUUUAGAAUGCGACAACCGCACUGCAAAGUAGAUUAUUUGAUAAAUCCAGUUAAGGAAUAAAUCUCUGCCAGCCAUUCUAGUACUUCAAAUCUUUUACUUGAUCGUUUGAAACUAGUACUUUUUAUCUGCAGUGUUUUUACAGGAAGCUCUUUUAUCGUUUCAGUUACUGCGAUUCCGUACUGUCCUCCUGCGUUGGGCGAUCGCAAUCCGGUUCCAAAGGUGUGGUACUCCUUUCCACUGUGCUACGUGAUCAAUCGACGCGGAACAAUGAACCUGCAUUUCCGAGGGUAUAUCUACAUCCAAAAAAAGCGGCACAACCGCACAAUGAACUGGAUCUGCAACAAGAGUAAUACGACACAAUCGAGCUGUAAAUCGAGGAUAUCCACCGAGGGCAACAACAAGAUCCGCUUUGGGGUCCACUGGCACAAUCAUGGACCCGUGGAUAUGAAUGAACUGUUGUGAAAUAAAUAGAAUUGAUUGAAUGAGCCUUCUUUUUUUUUCUAACAAGCAGGAUUACAGUUAACCUAUUCAUUGCCAGAAAGGAUUCCCACUGUGUUCAAAACCAAUUUUGUCACUUUUCAGAAUCUUCUAAUCUAGUAAUGCCCGGAAUAUACGCUGGUAUUUGGUACAAGGAGGAACUGGAUUUCAUCGAGAAUCGUCGUGGCGGGUUCAGUUUGAGGCACAAGGGAUAUCACUUCAUCACGGAACGUCGCUACAAUAGUACGGUGAAUUGGGUAUGCAAUAAAAGCAGUAGCUCGGCAAGCCGUUGUCCGGCACGGUGUGUCACUCAGGGUCACCAAAUGAUCAAGUUCAGCAAGCGAAAGCACAACCACGAUGCGGUGUACAAAUUUAAAGAAAUGUAGUUUCAAUAAACAUCGAAUCAUAGGAGAUGUGUUUUUGUGUAGUACUAGAAUGGUAGAAUAAUUUAGACAUGAGUUCUCAUACACUUCGCUUCGGCGUAUAAUUUCAGAUCGAGUUCGAGGAUUCCUGUACGACGUGCAGUACGAACUGGUAUGUAACCGAAAGGGCGGCCUCAACCUGUGCUAUCGAGGAUACCUUUAUCGGAAAAAGACCCAGUUCGCCAAUACGUUGAACUGGGUUUGUGCCAAUCCCAAUUACAAUAGGUUCGCCGGUUAUGGAAGCGCGAAUGGGGGCUUGUGCGGAGCUCGAUGCAUUACAAACAAUAGCGGAGGGUUAAAACUGAGUAAAAAAGGCCAUAAUCACCCACCGAUGUUGCAAUACGACGAAGGGACUUCGGUAAAACUUUGCAUCGAAACGCUCGAAAAUACACAAUACAAUAGCGAUUAAAGCAUCGCACAUGAAUGUUUUUAUUCUAGUUCUUUAUUUUGUAGCAAAUUUUGUUACAGUAGUCAAAAGCAGUUUUAUUCAAUUGACUUUUAAUGUUUUCCUUUAAAAUUUAUUUCAGCAAAUUUCGACCAACUUAAAACUGGAAUUUGGCUGAAGAAGCCCUACGAGAUCGUACCGAACCAGAAAGGCGGAAAGAAUCUGAUGUUUUACGGCUUCGAAUAUCGAAAGGAGGCUUCUUUCAAGACAUCGAUCAAUUGGGUCUGUAGUCGUAACUCAGUUGGCCGCUGCAGGGCAAGGCUUAUUCAGAACACCGUCACCACCGAGAUAAAACUAGGACAACAUGGCCAUAAUCAUCCUCCAACGAGUAUCCGAACCACUAAUUGAUUGCCUGACCAAUAAAAAUGGAAUUGCAUUUUUCA